AUGCUGAGUGUAUUCGAAAUUUCGAAAUGUUUGAGCAUUUCCACAUUGACUACUGCAAAGGAGGGGUGGAGGGCUACCAAUUUCAGGGAUGAACUACCGCAGAUGACUCAGUGGUUGAGUUGUCAGGAAAAGGUCGCAAUGUUUGAAACCUACUUGAAGGACUAUCAUCCGACUGAAGUGGAGAGGGAGCAGGAGGAACAGGAUGCACUAGAGUCUGAAACGCUCUCCCUCACGCACUGCUUACCCUUCCAUCAACUGGAUGUCUGGCACACCUUUAAAUUUUCAUUGGACACUCUUGGUAACGAUGUAGAUGGCCAGGAGGAGAUAGAUUCAGUCAGGGCUAAGCCAGGGAAAGGCAGAGCUGAGGACGUGGGAGAUGGGAGAUUUGAUGUUGUAGUUGUUGCGCAGUCAGAUGAAGCUGAGUCCACUGGACUUCAUGUUGCCUGGCCUAAGGAACAUUUGGCUUAUGUGGAAUGGCUCACACUCUCUAAACAGCCAGGACGACAUCAUAAUAUGUAUUCAGUCACUAAGGCUAUUGGCCAGAACAACAACAUUGUUCCAGGUGACAUAGUUUCUCUUUCUACUAUACGUCAAUCUUGUCAUCUUAUUCCUCACUUGGGUCCUAACAUUAGUUGGCCUUCCAGCUGGAAUUUUCUUCUUAACAAUUGGUCAAGUAAAUUUGCUUAUCAGAUGCUUUGGUAG